CUGCAGGUAUAACGGCCCAGAAAAUGCAACGCAUGCAGGUAGAAUCCCCCCUUUUUAUAGCAUACCACGAGAAAAAAUUGUAUUUCUCUGAUCUGAUACAAAAAUUAAGUGUAAUUAAAGUAUUUAAAUGGCAACUGAAAGACCGACUGACUGAUACAUAUAACGCCAAAACCAUCCAAUAGAAUUCUAUUUUUGAAUCUGUGCAACGACCAGGGCUGGACGAUGUAAAACCAUGUUGGGGCGAACUCUCAGAAAUGGCGUGUAUACAUACAAUAAUUUAUGGUUUAAUAGUUUCAAUAAUACAAUUUUAUUAAUUAAUGUAAAUUAGUCGCAAAAGCAAAAACGUCUCAUGUGACCGUUAAACAUCUGCAAAUGGAAAGUCUUAUUUUUUGAACCAACGACCAUUAUUUAUUUUCGCUGUUGGCAGCGCCGCUGGGCGGGAUCUGCGGCUGCGCAUUGGCUUGGGGGAUGGAAAACAACAAAAGGAUAAUAGAUAACAAGCAAAACUGGAAUGAGCCACAACACAACAAUUGUCUCUCGGCGCCUUUUGCGGCAUCGAUUUUAAGGGGGACACAUCCACAUCCGCACAUCACACACAUCCUUUGCAGACAGGACAGCAGGACAGGGAGACUGGGAUUUAGCAAACUAGAACAAGACCAGCAAGUUUGCGGAACCAGUUUUAAUGUCAGAUAGACGUUACUAUUUCACAUCAGAGCAACGAUACAAUACCCCGGGCGCCUUGGACAAUGAUUGUGCCGAAGAUGGGCUUUUGUAUCCCCGCCGGGAUAGCAACAAUGAUAACGAAGACGACAACGACAACGACAACGACAAUGGGGCCAAUGAGGACAAUGAGCCGGAUGCGGACAAGGACGACGACUCUGAGUUCCUGCAGGACGUGCCCUACUCAUCCAGCAGCAUUGACCGCAGCUCUGUGGGCUCCAUACCCUGGGCAGACGAUGCCAUCAAGAAGAACCUGCUGGACUGGGAGCGGGUGGAGCGCAUGCUGAGCGGUGAGGAGGAGCUGCCAGAAAAGGAGCCAGAGCUCCGGCACGAGAUCGCCGAUUGGCAGCACAAGUUCCCCAUGCUGGUGGGCCGGAAAGUGGGAAUGCGGUCGCUGCGCCAUCAGAGCUUCGACAGCCAAACGAGGCGCGACGACGAGUCCGUGGACAUAGAUUCCAUUUCAAAUCUGAGUCUGAACUCGCUGGACGAUGAUGAUGAUGAGGAUAUUGAGGACGAUGGCUUUCUAACACCCACGGCAGAGCCCCAGAAAGAGCACCAGCAGCCUCGCAGCUAUCUGCGCCCCACCCACAAUCUGGUGGACCUCCUGGAUCGCGAUCUGCGCGUCACUUCGGUGUCGGUGAAGCUGCUUAAGCGACAACGCUCCCAGCAGCAGCAACAACACCACCAACCACAGCAGCUGCCCCAAAAACUGAACUCGGCCACGCCCCAGUCGGCACGCCUGCGGAUGCCGCCCAUACUGAACGUCCUGGACACGAAUCGUCGGUUUCGCGGCCUCCUCAACAACCGCAGCUUCGUGCAGCUAACGCAGGUCCAGCAGCAGCAGCAGCAACAACAACAGCAGGCCAAAUCGGCGGCCCUGACUCAUGCGAGCAGUGCAGAGCGUCGACAGUAUCAGUAUCACCAUGCGGGCAACCGCUCCGCCUGGCACAUGCCGAUGGCCGCCAGCCGAUUCUUCUCGAACAACAAGAACGCCAUUGUGCUGCCGGCAUUGAAUCUGAGUCGCCACAGGGACUACGGCAGAGCCACGGCCGCCACCACAACGGCCACGUCCAGCCAGAGCAACUCGAGCGGCGGCGGCGGGCACAAUAGUCACAGCAACAGCAACAGUUCCUCUCGCACCCUGCAUCCAUUCGCGCUGCCGACCAACUCGAGCAACACACCGUCGACGGGUCGCUCGAUCUCGGCUGCAGUGCACCACCCGCGCUCGGAGUUUGUCUCCAACAGUGCCUUCUACAUACCGUACAGUGCCUCGAAAUUCAAAGCCUUCAAGUAACCUCAUGACAUGUAUACAACUAGCAAUAAAACUGAACUUAAAGGAGGCUUUAUUGGUCUUUAUUCCUUGCAGACGGAAGCUACAAGCCAAUGUUGUCCAGUCGCAGACGGCCAUCGUGUUCGGUUAGGUAGAGGGUAUCGGCUA